GACGCCGCCCCCCGCCCGUCCUUGCUGCGCCUCCUCGGCCGCCGCUUCGCGGAGCUGCACGCCGCCGUAGCCGGCCUGCCCGUGGCGAGCUCCAGGGUCCUGCCUGGGAUUGUCCUCCGCAGGGACUUCGCGGCCUAUUGCCCGGCGGGCGGGGACCUGCGGGCCGUGCUUGUCACCGAGCCCCUCCGGCCCGCCCUCUCGGCCCCCGGCGUCGAGUUCCUUGUCGACUCCGAGGGCCGGUAUCAGGCCUCCCAGCGCUGGAUCGCACGGAGGGUAGAAACCCUAAUGAAACACUUUCAGAGCAACGACAUUAAGCUAUUGCUGUCGAGCGUGAAGCAGGAGGAAGUUGUUAUCUACUAUGCAAAAUUAUACGGCGUGUCUGUGGUAGAGUGCUUAUCGUCGGAAGAAAUGGCCCUUAUCUGUGAAAUCACAGGAGUCUCGCCUUAUGAACCUUUUGGUGAUAACACACAGAGAGAAAUCGCUGAAAGUGCGGUGGCAACAUUUUGCCAGCCCUUGCUGCUCGGCUCAAGGAGGUGCGUUCACAUUGGCUUCACCAGCGUGUGCGCCUUUCAGCCCCAUUGCCUAAUUCUUUGUGGGCCGGUGGAGAGUGUUAAUGAGCAGCAUGCUGCUGCUUUACAAGGGGCAUUUACGAUGCUGCAGCAGCUAUUUAAAACAGUUGAUCAGAGGGAGGAAUGCAAAGCAGAUGAUGAAGCCUCCAGUAUUUGCUGUUGGCUUUCUUCAGCUACUCAGAAGCAACUCAUAACAGAAAAUGCUUCUUGUAACAGCAAUCAGAUUCCUGAACGUCAAAUGAAAGUACUUAGGGAAAAAACAGAGACACAACUUAUAGACCUUGAUUUGCAGGGAAGUGAAAAUCCAGCGCAUGUGCAAACAGACUUGCAAAAACCUUCAAAUGUCAUCUCACACAUCGAAGAAUUCAGUGUUGCCACUGAUAGAGAUGGUUCUUCAGUAGAUAUACAGAAACUGCAUGCAAAAUGCAAGCAUCUGGGUGAUGUGCGUGAGAACUAUGAAAGCGAUUCAUUUGUGGACAAUCAGAACUGCAGCACUGCUGCAUUAGCAACACGUAAUGCUGAUACAGGCAUUGUGUGUCAAUGCCUAGGUGUUGGCAAAGAUCUAGAGAAAACAAGUUGCAAUGUAGUUCCAUUUAAACAUGAAGAGAGUUGUGUAAGUAUUGCACAGAAUUACUCCAGAUGUCUUAUAGAAGCAGGAUCAGUUUUGCCUGUAGGAGGUUACUUUGAAAUCCUGUUACAUUAUUAUAUUCAUUACUAUGCAAAACAGUUGCAGCAGUCAGAGGUAACUGUCGUAGCUCAUGUAGUUGCUGAUGCUUUGUUAAGUAUUCCCAAGUCCUUGUACAGGACAACAGAACAAGGCAGCUUUACCAAAUUCUAUCUCAAAGCCAUAAAUGCGCUCAGAAGAAAUCAGCCACUUCCUGUGAACGAGAGAGGUUUGGAAUCGGUGUAUUGCAAGUAUCAGUUAGUCAUUUCAGUCCUCCAUUGUGUUACAGAGCUUCUCUCCAUAGAUUUAAUAAUUGGUAUUAAACGGCCACUGCAAAACAAUGAGGAUUGUGACUCGGAAGAUGACUUCUGAAAUCAUUA